AUGUCCGACGAGAAUGGAGGAGAUGAUGGAGGUAAAAAGAAGAGAGUCACGAUAAUUGCCGUGUCUUCAUUGGUUCUGGUGGCCAUGGUAGUCGGUGUUGCCGUCGGCGUAAAUAACUACAGCUCCUCGCCGAACGAAACCCCGGCAGCUCCAACCACUGAGAUAAGCAGCUCCAUGAAAUCAAUCAAAGCUAUAUGUGAGCCCACAGAUUUCAAGGAGAAUUGUGUGGAGAGUCUAUCGUCGGCGGCCGGUAACACUACCGACCCAAAAGAGCUUGUGAAGGUUGCAUUCAAGGUGGCUAUUAAGAACAUCAAACAAGCCCUCAACAAAUCAGAAGUGCUCCAUGAGCUUGAAAAGGACAAUUUUACUGCCCAAGCUUUGGAGGAUUGCAAGGAAUUGAUGGACUACGCCAUUGACGACCUCAAGCAUUCUUUUGAUGAAGUGAGCGCGUUAGACAUGAGCAAGUUGGACGAUCUUCUCGUCAACCUCAAGAUCUGGCUCAGCGCUGCUAUUACUUACCAGGAGACAUGUCUCGAUGGCUUUAAGAACACCACUGGGAAUGCCGCUGAGUCGAUGAGGAAAGCAUUAAAAUCCUCAAGUGAACUCACCCGUAACGGUCUUGCCAUUGUCGGUGAGAUCGCCUCGGUGCUUACCUCCUUACAAAUCCCAUUCAGCCGUCGUCUUCUCUCCAAGGAACAAGAAAACUUCCCCCAGCGAACCGAAGACGGUUUCCCAGUUUGGGUCUCUGCCUCUAGACGUAGACUUCUUGCAGUCCCUAAGAGCCAGCUACAGCCCAAUGUGAUUGUGGCUCAGGAUGGCAGCGGCAAGUACAAGACAAUCAAUGAGGCUCUCAAAGAUGCUAUUAGACCCAAGACCGAUAAAACUAACACCACCUUCGUCAUCUAUGUCAAGGCCGGAGUCUACAAGGAGACCGUCCAUUUCCUAAAAUCGAUGUCUUAUGUCAUGUUGGUUGGAGAUGGACCCCUUAAGACAAAGAUCACCGGAAAUAGGAACUUCAUCGAUGGCACUCCCACCUUCAAGACUGCUACCGUUGCCGUGAUGGGAGAUGGUUUCAUUGCCAAGGACAUCGGAUUUGAGAACUCAGCCGGAGCGGCAAAGCAUCAAGCUGUGGCACUAAGGGUAUCGUCUGAUAUGUCAAUGUUCCAGAACUGUCAAAUAGAUGGCUACCAAGACACCCUUUACGCCCACGCUCACCGUCAAUUCUACACUGGAUGCACCAUUUCUGGAACCAUCGAUUUCAUCUUCGGCGACGCAGCUGUUGUCUUCCAAAGCUGUAAGAUGGUGGUAAGGAAGCCAUUGGAUAACCAACAGAACAUUGUGACAGCUCAAGGAAGGAAGGACCAACGUGAACCCACCGGAAUUGUCCUUCAAGAUUGCACCAUCACCGCUGACCCAUUGUUGGUUCCCUUCAUGGCGAAGAACCCAUCUUUCCUUGGUCGCCCAUGGAAGGAGUUCUCAAGAACCAUUAUCAUGAAUACCCAGAUUGAGAACGUGAUCCAACCAGAAGGGUGGCUCCCAUGGAUGGGCGAUUUCGCACUCAACACUUUGUACUAUGCUGAGUUCAACAACAAAGGCCCCGGAGCUGCUCUCACAAAGAGAGUCAAAUGGACUGGCAUUAAGACUCCACUUACCACUCAACAAGCUCUGGAAUACACUCCUAGUCGGUUCCUUCAAGGUGAUCAAUGGAUCAAACCCACCGGAGUGCCCUACAAAUCCGGCCUCUAG